AUGCCCGAGCAGCUCAAGAAAUACGUUCCCCCAAAUCGAAGACCCAAGGUAAAUUCUGAAGAUGAUAAAUUGAAGGCGAGAAAAGCCAAGUUUGCCACUCCAAAGAAGGAUGAGUACGGGUUCGUGUCGCGCGGCGAAAACAACAAGCUUCAGAACGACCCCGAAGCACGAAAGGCUUACUUCGUCGAUAUACAACGGAUGGAUCAACAGAGUGAUGACCAAGUAUUAGACUCGCUUAGAAAGCUUAGAGAAGCUAUUCUUCAUCUAGAGCCCGAUGAGUUCAGCAAAUCUGUCUAUAUGUUCUCGUUUAAUUACAGCACUAAGAUCGGUAGAUAUCAGGCGUAUGUACCAUGUGGACAAUACCUUCUACGAAAUCAGCAAUUGCUCACUGAGUCUGAGGUCUCCAAAGUGGCUGAGAUCAUGAUACUCCAUAUAUCGCAUUGCAAUAGGGAUAAUGCCACUGCGUGGGUGCUUUUAUACAAACAUUUCACAAGGAAAGAUACCUUGUACCGUGUGCUCGAAGCGUGGGAGCUCGAGGACUACCGCACAUGGCUCCAAUUACUCAAGGAUGAGCAUGAUUCAAGUCGCAAGAAGGUAAUGGAGCUCGGACUACCGAAGAUGAGGGGCCAUAUGAUUCAAUGUUUGAGUACGCUGUACUUCUCAAUGGCUGUUUCCGAUAUGACACGCUACCUCAAUAUUGAAGAUGUGUCAAAAUUUAUUGAGAAGCACAAUACUGGCUGGACGGUUGAGGCUGAAACCGUCAUCUUACGGAGACGAAAGAAACCAGCUGCCAGGUAA